AUGUCGAGGCUCAAUUUAACCGAACCGAUAGACAAAGCCGAUGAUAAAAUAUUAUACCUUCCGAAAGCUUCCAGAUCGGUAAGUAAUCACGGAAGAAAUACCUCUGGGACGCGAGCGAGAAGCAAAAUUCCUAUGAUAGUCACCCAGAAUACCGCGGCCGACACAUCUCAAAUGUCACCAGCAAAAGAGAUGACAUCUCCGCCUUCGGUCUGGGGAAAUCGCAGUCGUAUGACUUCACGUAGUUUCAACUCAUCUCCGUCAAAAACUCGGGCUUCCAGUUUCAGUGCCGCAAAUCAGAGGAUUCUGGAGAGACAGUAUAAAAAUAAACAAAAUCGUUACAUGUCAAUCAGGAAUGAAAUUCAAGAAAAACAAUUGAGUGCAUUAAAUAUAUACGAAGAAGUCUCUCAGUUGAGAGAAAAAAUAAUGGCUGUUGGUGGUAAAGAUCCAGGUAAAAUAGAGUCUAUAAAGUCUAUAUCCGGUGACUUUUCGGUAAAAAUUAAUGAGAAUUACAACAACAAUGAUAAUAAUAAUAAUAAUAAUAAUAAUCGGGGAAGCGCUACGAUAAAUUCAUCAAUUAAUAAAGAAUUUGCGUCUACUUUACUAAAUGAAUUGGAAGAUUAUCCGAAAGGGUGCUUGACUCUCUGCGAGGAUGCUAUUAAUAAGCAUUCCGAGUUGAUUAAAUCGAUUGAUAAUUUAAAAUUGAACCAUAAUGAAGAUAAGCUCGGGGAAUUUUUUUUAAAACAACUUGAUGAUUGGAAGACUGAAACUGAGAGUUUUAAAGUAAGACUUGAAAUGACGAAAAAAUCAAUCGAAGAAUCCAAAAGUGAGAUGACUAAUAAAGUGAAGGCUAUGUGGGAAGAAAUAGAUUGCUCGAGGUUCAAAAUACGCGAACUUGAGACAAUGAGCAAUGAGGUUGUUGAUAAAUUAAGAAAAAAAAUCGAGGCGGAAGCUGAAAAAUUUAAUCAGCUUAAGGAGACAAAGGAUGUCACAGAUAAUGACUUGCGCAAGACAAAGGCUGUUGUUCAAGAGCUCGAGGCUCGUAUACAGAGUGACGAAAUAAAUAUAAUCAAAUCCCAGGAGUAUGUUAAGAGUCUAAAGAGUGAGCUGCAUCAGAAUGAUAAAAUUUUUGAGAACAGAACUCGGGAUUUGAAUAAUAGUUUGAAAAACGCCGAGGAAACAAUUGAAAAUUUAGAGAAUCAGCGGAGCGAAUUGGAGGCCAGUUUAAUUGAGCUGCAGGAUAAACUCGAGGAAGUUCAGUUGGAGCGGGACGAAGCUAUUCAGGAGGCGAGAAAGCGGAUAGAAGAAGACGAGGAGUUUUAUAAAAGUUCUCAAGUGGAAAAGCUUAACUGCGAAAUCGCUUCUUUGAAUAAAGAAUUGAUAACUUGCAAAGAUUUUAUUUCUGGUAUUAAUGACCGGAAAUUAUCCAGUGAUCGAGAUUUAGAGUGUCAACUUGAGGAGGAGCGCGCUCGGAUUAAAGACUUGACUCAGGAUUAUCAAUCGCUUCAGAGAACCUUUGAGACAACCCAGGCGAGAAUGAUUGAUCUGGAGCAGCAAGUAGCCUCGAUGUACGGCGGAGAUCUAAAAGACGUGCCCAAGGAUGGCUUUCAAGCUCUCGAGGUGCUAAAAAUUAAUGAGGAACUCGGUCAAGAGAUAGCCGAUCUCAGGCGGAAGAAUAUCGAGCUGGAUAGCAGCUUAGCAGAGGCUGUCAAUAAGUUUCACCAGCGAGACCAGCAGGUCCACGAGCAGGCUGCGCAAAUUCGAGUCUUAGAUCAGAUGAUAGUUUAUCUUAAAAAUAAAACUCACGGCAUUAGUGAUGAUCAAGAGGUCACUAAGGAAAUUUCUACAAACACGGAAGCGAUACAGAAGCUGUACGAGAUGGUGGAUACCAAAGAGCUCCAGCUGACGCGUCUUGAGAAGCUAGUCAAGCAGAUGGAGGACCAGGAAGAACGGGCUCAGGAGCAACGAACGCGUCUAGAGAGAAGAAUAGCCCAGCUGGAGCUGGCUUUGCAGACCAAAAACAACAAGGACCCUCGGUACGCUGACUAUAGUAUUUAUGAGCAAGUAUUUCAGGCAGUUCCUUCCUCUCCUCGGUUCCUGGAUCCUCAGCCGAAGCCCCGCACUCCAGAGUAUGUUUACAACACUCGGCUGGUCCAAGAAGAAGUCGCGCGAACCUUGGAGUUGGAGAGAAAGUAUCAGAAGUACAAGCAAAAGUCUCAACAUAUUGAGUGCUUCUACAACUGGAUGCUAGAGAGAUCUCCAAAUUUUGGUGAUUUAAAUACUAGCGAAGACUAUCACUCGCGUAAUCGAUAUCCCAAUCCGACUGUCCCCCACAUCGACGUCAGCAGCUAUGCUUAUCAGGAAAGGUUUCAGUGCGGCCUCCUGUAAGGAAUUUUUUGAACGC